GUGUGGCACUAGACAAGGAUAUUUAAUACUGUAACAUAGUAACACAACGGGUAAAGUUGUGGAAGUAAGGGAAGGAAUUCGUACACAGAAAGGUAUUGAAUUAACGGGCUUGGUUGAAGCCUGAGAAAGGGCGGAGACGCGCUUCUUGAUGGCUGUCUAACUUUGAGCACUAUGAAACAGGAAAACUAGCAGACAUUAGGGAAAGUUAAAAAUAUAUAUAUAUUAAAAAACCUUAUUGCUAUUCGGUGCCUGUCUGUUGCUUCUCUACUGAAUAUGGCAGGGACACGUACAAGAAGAGUGGCUGGUUCGGAACAGUCCCGAACUGCGAGGGCAGCUGCUCUUGCUGAGGAGUUGCACCAUGAAUGCACUCUCUUAUUGGAACUUUAUAGAAAAAAGGAGACGUUCGCAGAGGAACUCACCGUCGGCGGGGAGCGCCUGGUGACCGUGCCGCCGCUCUCCUCCCAGCUCUCGCCGAAUGACAGGUUGUGGCGCCUCUACUCCGCCCUGCAACAGUGCCGGAACCUCCUGGAGCGUGCCAUUGGCCUGGAAGAGGGGGUGGGAAACGGCGGGGACAGGGCCGAAUACGAAAGCCAGAGGAAAACAGUGAGGGACCGGCUGGGGCACCUGCUAGCGAGCACACGGCUCCUCCUGGAGGACGGAGCUGGAACUGCAGCCUUCACUCCUGAUCCGAAGAAUACUGAGACAGCUAGUCCGGUGAACGACAGCCCGUUUGCGCUAAAGCUCUGGAUCUACCGCAUCUUCAGCGAGCUGGAGCACUGGACGCUCACCACCUCCAGGACCCUGAAGGCCCUGCACCCCGAUGGAGCCACCCCCAAGGAGAGCAGAACGAAGGGGAGGCCAAGAGGGAGGAGGACCCGGAGAUGAGAUAGUAGAGAUUGGAAAGAGUAGCCUGUGAGUGAGGAAUGAGAGAGCAGGGGAGAGAGAGGGAGAGAGAGAGGUAGCGAUGGAAAGAAUGGGAGAGAGAUAGAGAGGUAGCUUGAGAGGAUGAGGUAGGAGGGUCUGAUGUGGAAGAAGAAAGAGUGAAGGCAUGCAGGAGUCUGAAAGUCUGAGAGAGAGAUGGAAACAAGAGGAGAAGGAAAAGAGUGACAACAGCCAGUAUAAAGAUUCUGUGAAAAGAGGGAGAGGAGUAUAUGUUUAAGUUAAUAAAUAAAUAUAUACAGUGGUGACAAGGACAUAAGAGAAAGCAUGAGAAAGUAUAUUACUACAUACUGUACAACCAAUGUGUGACAUAACAGUGUUGAUUUUGAAGCAAUUUUGGUCAUUCAAGACAUACUUUCCUAACAAGGGCCCUGCGCUGUAGCUCCGCUUGCUGCUAACAGACAUAGGACACUGGGUGGCACGUAGCCUAGCGGUUAGAACGUUAGGCUAGUAACUAGCUAAAAUGUGUCAAUAACAAACAAAAAAAUCGCUGUAGUUCCACACGGUUUGAUGCAGUAAAAAUCAAAUAAAGUUAUUACAGAAGAAGUUCGCUGUUUACACCUGGUAUCAAGAUGUGUUCUCUGCCUGGUUUUACAGCCUACAGUCAAAGUAUUCAACCAUGGCCGUCCUUUGGCCUACUCCAGACAUACAAGGACCAGUAUUUCAGAACAUUUCAUUUAGUCUCCUCCCACUGGGCACACACUAGUUGAAUCAACGCUGUCUUCACGUCAUUUCAAUGAAAUUACGUUGAACCAACGUGGAAUUAGGCGUCGAACUGACGUCUGUGGCUGUUCUCUCUUCAUGCUAACUGAAAGGCAAUAUUCAUAUGUCAUGUGGUCAUUAAUAUAAGCAUGAUCUUGAUUGUUAAAUUUGGUGUGGUUAUUGUAAGAGAUUUGGUUUGGCAUUGCCUUACCAUUUCCAAUCUGAUUAGGGAAACAGAAUUUUGUACAACACAGGAUCAUUUUGAUAUGGAUUAAAUGUUCUGAUAAACUGGCCCCUUGAUCCCAAAACAAUCUCACAAAUGAGAUGUAAUGUUGGUGACAGCUACAGGAUCCACUUUGAUAAUGGAGUGUAGAUUUCCGGUUCAAGACGAUGGUUUGUGUGAUAUCAAUUUCCAGUCCUUGUGAGCCGGUACAAGGACCAGCAUUAGAUGGAAAUCACCACAAAUUGUUUCACAUUUAAGAUGCAUCCCAAUAGUCUUAAAUGGCUUCCUACCCAUUUAGAUACUACAAACAAUGGAACAUUGGUCAUUUUGGGGUUAUGACAAGGUAUGAGAUAGGGUAGGCUAUUUCAUUGGGUGUAGUUGCCCUUUAAAGCAGAUCUUGGGUCAGUUUAGCAUUUUUCCCCACUAAUGGUCAAGGUUAGGAAUGGGGAGCGGAAGUUGAUCCUAGAUCUGUACCCAGGGGAAACUUCGUCCCAGAACUUUUCAUUACUGGUGGAUGGUAAUCUCACAUAUUGUGCCUUGAAGUGAUGUGAUGAGUUUAGCUGUCCAAUACAGACUGUGCCCUGCCCUCUAGUGGUGAGUAGAGGAACCAAAACAAAACAUCCCAGCUGUGCAGCUCCUCCUACUGGAGAACCACUGAGAAUGCAGGCUUUUGCUCCAGCCCUGCUCUAACACCAGACUCUGCUAAUCUAGUUCUGAACCUGUUAAAGCUAGAAAAAAACGAUAUAUAUAUAUAUAUAUAUAUAGUACCAGUCAAACGUUUGGACACACCUAAUUAUUCAAGGGUUUUUAAUUAUUUUUACUAUUUUCUACAUUGUAGAAUAAUAGUGAAGACAUCAAAACUAUGAAACAACACACCAAAAAAGUUUCUUCAAAGUAGCCACCCUUUGCUUUGAUGACAGCUUUGCACACUCUUGGCAUUCUCUCAACCAGCUUCAUGAGGUAGUCACCUGGAAUGCGUAUCAAUUAACAGGUGUGCCUUGUUAAAAGUUCAUUUGUGGAAUUUCUUUCCUUCUUAAUGCUUUUGAGCCAAUCAGUUGUGUUGUGACAAGGUAGGGCUGGUAUACAGAAGAUAGCCCUAUUUGGUAAAAGACCAGGUCCAUAUUAUGGCAAGAACAGCUCAAAUAUGCUGUUCUUGUCUACCUUUGUAGACAGAGAUGCACUGUAGCAAAGUCUCCUCCAUUUUUACGCUGAGUUGAGUACACACGGUUGCUGGAGAAACUAGCCCUUUCCAUGACCUCUUGGUAUAGUGCCAGUUGCCCCUAACCACAGAUCUAGGAUCAGAUGACCUUAUCCCCAAUCCUAAGUUUAACCAGUAGGAGGAUGCAAACAGAUAUAACCCUGUAUCCUUUGGUUAGGCACAUUGAUGAGAUUGAGAGACAGUCGUUUUAAAAAAAUGUAUUGAACCUUUAUUUAACCAGGCUCAUUGAGAUUUGAAAUCUCUUUUUCAAGAGUGUCCUGGCCAAGAUAGGCAGCACCAAGUCAUUACACAAUUACAGACAGACAACAUGAAAAACUACAGGUAAUCUAGUAAAACAACAUAGAAUUCACAAGAGUAUAACGAAAUUAUAAAACAGCGAAUUAAAAAUAUUGACAGGUCAGGGAAUCCGCCUCAAAAUCCUUCAUCAAUGAUUUACAAACACCAAUUGGGACAAGUUCUUCCAGUUUGAAAGUAUUUUUGUAAGGCGUUCCAUGCUAAUGGUGCAGAGUACAUAAAAGCCCUUUUUCCAAAUUCAGUUCAGAAAUUUGGAACAGUUAGCAGGAUAAAGUCCAGCGAACGAAGAGAGUACCCACCACAUUUCUGAACAAUAAAAAAGCACAAAUAAAAUGUUAGUAAACCAAAAAGACUUUGUAAAUUAAAGUUUACCAGUGACUGAGCCUACGAGUGACUAGAGAAGGCCAGCCAACCCUGGUAUAUAAAGUAGUUAGACAUAGGACAGAUGGAUACUUUGUUAACACACUCCAAACUAAUGUACUAACAUUUCCUGUUGCUGAUUUUCUUUUGUUGUGUUUCAUAUUAACUCUGGUGUGGUGUGGGAAGAUAUAGAAACCAUAUUUUUUAUUAAUGUAUGACUUUGAGAUAUGCAGAAAGGAUGAAAUAAAUGUCUGUGGAUUAUA